UCUGCAGUUCCGCCUUCUGUCCCACGAAGGUGGCCUUGCUUUCUAGGCCGGCGCUUGUGCUUUUUUUCCGCCCACUGCAGUCAUGUUCGUCCCCUGCGGGGAGUCGGUCCCCGAUCUAACGAACUACACGCUCCUGAUGCCAGCAGUAUCGGUUGGAAAUGUUGGCCAGCUUGCAAUAGAUCUGAUUAUUUCUACAUUGAACAUGUCUAAGAUUGGUUAUUUCUAUACUGAUUGCCUGGUACCAAUGGUUGGGAACAAUCCAUAUGCAACUGAAGAAGAAAAUUCAAAUGAACUCAGCAUAAAUACUGAAGUAUAUUCAUUGCCGUCAAGGAAACUGGUGGUGCUUCAGUUAAGAUCCAUUUUUAUUAAGUAUAAGUCCAAGUCAUUCUGUGAAAAACUGCUGGCCUGGGUGAAAAGUAGCAGCUGUGCCAGGAUUAUUGUUCUUUCAAGCAGCCAUUCGUACCACCGUAAUGAUGUGCAGCUUCGCAGUACUCCCUUCCGGUACCUACUUACACCUUCUAUGCAGAAGAGCGUUCAGACUAAAAUAAAGAGCCUUAACUGGCUAGAGAUGGAGAGAAGUCCAUGCAUCCCUGAGAUGACCGAUUCUGAGCUUUGUAUUCGCAUUCCUGGAGGUGGAAUCACAAAAACACUCUACGAUGAAAGCUGUUCUAAAGAAAUCCAAAUGGCAGUUCUGCUGAAGUUUGUUUCAGAAGGGGACAAUAUCCCAGAUGCAGUCAGUCUUGUGGAGUAUCUGAAUGAAUGGCUCCAGAUAAUCAAGCCGAGUAGCAACAGCCGCACAGCAUCCACCUUGCCAUGGAGGAUCCCCAGCUCCUGGCGGCUGCUCUUCGGCAGUGGACUUCCUCCUGCGCUGUUUUGAUCUAUUUCCAGCCUUCUCCCUCAUACCCCAGAGAUCACAGAACAGGCUGUUGAGUGUGUGCUACACAGAGAUUUGUGCUGUCUGGGAAUGUGUUAGACGUACUUUUCACAGUAAAAUCUCAAAGAGGUUUAGAAGUGUUACUCUUGUUACAUACAAUAAAUGUAAAUUUUGUACAACAAAACGUUAUUUCCUAAGCAGCUUU